CACUCCGCACCCUACUAUCACUAGUGCCGACUGCCGAGGUCCAAAUUACGAUCACCACAAGUACGCUUUCAUCUGUUCUGUCCCCGUGGGGUUGAGGUCUCUCGUUUCCGUAAUCACCGUCACGAUAAGCUUCUAUAGGAAAGAACUAGCUACAAGGAAAAUAUUCAUUACCGCGCGCCAAUUCCUGUUGUUGUGGGUAAUUGUUCAGUAUUGGGUAGAAAUAUGAAUCUUGCUUUUCAAAUACGAUAUCAGAGCUUUAAUUCGCCCCCACUACCCUAAGUCAGCUCAGUAGAUGCAUGCGAGUCGCGUCUAGUCCGUGAAGUUGUUCGUCCCACAUGCUAGCAGCUCCUGGUGUUUGGGUCGGGUCCGUUCCAUGUAUGAGUCGCAGGCGGAUUUCGUGUGAUACAGUCGGAUGGCUGCCAUGUAGUAGCAGUGCCUAGCACAAGGGAUUUAGCACGGAUGCUAAGAAUUACAAGUCCCGUAUUUGCUACAACUAUGAAUCCUGACUGAUGCAAGGAUGUUCCAACUCACCAGGCUUAAGCAUUGGGUUGGUUCCUAGUAUUUCUACCGAUGGCUGACUAUUUACAUUCUUCAUUAUAUUCGUAUAUUAUAUGAAGCCGAUUCCUUUUGUUGGUAUUAACUCUUUUACAUCCUUAACUCAGUUAAACAUAUAUUCCUCCCUUACACUGUUAUUCUACUAUGAGAAGGUGCAUCUACCAAGUGGUGUGCGUAAGGUAGUUGUUUUAUUAAAGAGUUGUCCGUCCAAGGUCAUAAUAUAAGUUAUCUAAUCCCUUUACCUUCUUUUUUUUUUUUUGUUCUCCUUUAUAAAUCUCCCUCAUCAUGAAUCAGCAUAGUAUUGUAUUUUUGACCAAUUCAUAGAUCUACUGUUACUUCGAUUUCUUAUAUUUUGCUUUAAAGUUUCGUAUACAUUGCCUUCAAUUGAAUGCCUUGUUCUGCAAUCCAUCUCAUUUUUUUUGCUGAAAUUUUAUUUCUUUUGAACUUUUGAUAGAUUUUACUGUUUUCAUGGCUUUUCUGUUCAAUAAUUGGUCUUCUCAUCGACAAUUUCUUAACUUUCAGUGCUUUAAUUUUCGCUUGUUCUUUGCACGAUGAUUAUUAGAUAUAUUGCUACUUGUCCUUGUGAGGGAUUUGUUAUCUUAAGCUUUACUAUUCAAAGUUUUUUUUCCCUCUUUGAAUACUUUUGUGUGUGUGUGUGUGUGUGUGUGUGUGUGUGUGUGUGUGUGUGUGUGUGUGUGUGUGUGUGGAGGCAUUAGUCUUUGAAUAUUUGAUAUUACCUUUCUAGAAUAUGAUCAUUGAUUAUUCCUGUCUUUCUGAGCAGAGACAUGAACGCAGUAGGACCUUGAGAAUUUGCCUGCUCAUUGAUUAUUCACGUCCUUCUGACUGGAGACUUGGUAGGAUAUUGAGAACUUUCCUUCCUACAAUCAAAAAGAACUUGACGUCAUAUAGCAGGCUGGGAACAAGAAAAACUGAAAUUAUUAGUGUCAUGAUAGCAAAUAAAAAGAAGGAACAAGACUAAAUUGCCUUCACCGACCGUCCCUAGCGCAAGUAGCAAAAGGUCAAAUUGUUUCAUAGUGUUGCUUUUGGUUCUCAACCAUGUUGCUUAUCAAAUCAAGAAAAGAGAUUGCAGUCUAAACCAAUCCAUUUCAUCAUUAGUGAUAAGCCCCUUCUACUGCUAAAUCCUUUAGUACACCCAGUAGACAUCUGUUUCAUUCAUUCGAGGAGAGGCGAGCUCAUUGACUCAUCCAGAUUUUUCUGUCAUAAGAUUCCAGUAAUUUCUUUUUGUUGUCUUCAGAAGUAAAAAUAUAUUAUGGCUCUUCAAGGUCUGCAAUCGUCAUGUCAAUUAGGUCUAAUGAACAGCAGAUAUGCUGCUUUUGCUUACUCUGCUUCCAGUUGCGAAGUUUCUUUAAGCUUCAAACCAGAGACCGGACUCAAGAACAAAAAGCCUGCCUGCCUUCAUAGAGCAGUUUUAUGCCGGAACAUAGGGCUUCUAGCUCCGAUGCUAUCUCAUGCCAUCAUGAAUCCAAAUAAAAGGUUAAUAAAAUGCUCAUCUACCGCCAAUAAUCGUCAAACUGGAGCGGUAGAAUCCAGCAAGUUAAUUGAACUCCCUCUGAUUCCACUUCCUUUGGUCUUUUUCCCGGGCAUGACCCUUCCUCUGCAGAUCUUUGAGUUCAGAUACCGUAUCCUAAUGCAAACUCUUCUCCAGACAGAUCUCAGAUUUGGGAUCAUCUAUUCGGACAAAAGUAGAGGGAUCGCAAAUGUUGGAUGUGUGGGGGAGGUCGUCAAAUAUGAAAGGCUUGUAGAUGACCGUUUUUUCCUGAUAUGCAAAGGCCAGGAGCGUUUUCGAGUGAUUAAUGUUGUCAGGAAGGCCCCAUAUCUGGUUGCAGAGGUGCAGUGGAUGAAGGAUCGCCAAUCCGUGACCAUCAUUGAGCAGCACAACUUGGAAUCUCUCGUCCUUGACGUGGAAAGCUAUAUGGCGGAUGUGAUCAGGCUGUCUAACAAGUUGAAUGGAAAGGCUGGAAAAGAAACUAAGGAUCUGCUCGGGAGCCGUUUCCCAACACCAUUCUCUUUUUUUGUGGCAAGCACAUUUGAGGGUUCUCCGAGGGAGCAGCAAGCGCUGCUUGAAUUGGAGGACACCACCUUGCGGCUGAAAAGAGAGAGAGAAACCUUGCAGAACACGCUCAACUACUUGGCAGCUGCAUCUGCUAUUACAGAUGCAUUUCAAUACUCCUCAUUUAAUGAGAAUUAGCUUUUGUGAAUGAGAAGUUAAAGAAGAAGAUCAUGGACAGUUCCACUUGUAAAUAACUCUAAUCUCUUCCCUCAUCUUGUAGAUACCUUUGAAUUACUUUGCAAUAAUGAGAAUUAUUACCCCAACAUUAUUUAUUGUAGUACUUAUACUGCUGUAAAUUCGGACUUUAUGUUACUUUCUGCCCUUUUGCUUCU